AUGGAUUCUCUGGUCAUGAGCACUCUGCAUAUGGUAUUAAACUCAUCUGUAAUCAGAAGAACUCCUAAACAAAUGAAGAUAUAUUCCGUUAUCGUCGGCAACCUUGCAGUUAGUGAUCUUAUAGCCUGCACUGCAUCACUUCUCAUCGUGUAUCAAAGAUUUUGCCGUGAGACCACUAAGCCAUGUAAAUUGAAACCAUUUAGAGCAAUCCCAAUUGAAAUGUCACUCUUCUACAUUUCAUAUGGACCCUGCUGCCAGCUAGGAACAGCAGUGUGCAAUGCUGCGUCUGUUGGAUACAACAUCUGGCUGCACUGUUUUCCGCAUAGUUUAUAUAUUCUGCUGGUGUCGUUCUCUUAUCGCUACUACGUACUUCUGAGACCACUACCAAAAGUGCAUACUAUGAUCAACAUUACAACGCUUGUCUACAUACCGUCUGGCGUACAGCUUGUGAGAUUUUUCAAACCAAACUUCAAGUCUUUACAAAGAAAAUUGCGGGUAGAGGUAUGGUACUGCGAAGCGCACAGCUGAUC